UAAAAAGAGAAGAAAAACUAAACUAGAAAAAUGGGGAAAGUAAUAAGCAUGGCGUUGAUAAUGAUGAUAUUGGCAGUGAUUGUGAUAGAAGGCGAAGCAAAAUCGGAGAUAGAAUGCAGUAGGAUUUGUCGAAAUCAUUGUAAACGCACAUCACCGGUAUCAGAAUGUGCGGCUUGUCGUAAAAAAUGCUACCAAUCUCCACCGGUUGCAAUGAGAGCCAGGAACCGUGUCACAGAGUCGGAAGAACAAAAACGUCAAUAAAAUAUAUUAUUUUUUUGAUUUAUAGAUACAAAUUAUAUGGUGAUUUUUAUGAAUGUAGGUUCGUCCAAACAUUUUAAUAUUU